AUGGCCCCCAAAAACAAAGGCAAAGGCAAAGACGACUCCAAAGCCGAAACUUCAAAAGGCAGUAGCAGCAGCAAACUCAAACCAGCAACUAGCAUCAAUGUCCGCCAUAUCCUGUGCGAAAAACACUCCAAGAAGGAAGAGGCGCUCGAGAAGAUACGGAAUGGAGCGAAAUUCGAUGAUGUGGCGAGGGAAAUGAGUGAGGAUAAGGCUAGGCAAGGCGGUAGUCUAGGCUGGAAAGUACGAGGCAGUCUGAUGCAGGAUUUUGAAAAGGUGGCGUAUGAGCUUGAGCCGAGUACGACGGGGAGUCCGAAGAUUGGGGAGGUUAAGACGAGUGAGGGGUAUCAUAUUAUUAUGGUUGAGGGGAGGAAGUGA